AUGGCAACAGAUCAAAGUACACAACGUCCCAGAUAUGGCUCUGAUAGCUGCCAAUGUUUUACCACGAAGUGUGCCACUACAUGUGCACAAAGAGCUCGAAAUGGAAGGAGACAGAGUGAGAGCGAUGAGCCUGAAGAUUAUGAGACUGAUGAAGAGAUGAGUAUUGAGAACGAGCCUGAACAGGUGAUGGAUAGGUUGUCAGCACCAGAUAACGAGGAUGGAACUUCCAGUGACGACCUCGGAGACGACCUUAACGCUGAUUACAUCCCUCAUGAGUCCACGGACAAUGAGCUGUCUGUUUUUGCAAUUAAAGCAGCAACACAGAAGAAGAAGAGACCACUGCAAUAUGUCAAUUCCUCAGAUGAUGAUGAUGAUGAUGAUGAUAACAAACAUGAAUGGGAAUUACCCAAAGAUUUGUCACUCUAUGGAGAUUGGGUUGCGUUACGACACGCCGGCUGGGCUAAGCAAAAGCCUAAAAGAUCUGACAACUUACUUGAAGUGUACAAAAUUCCCCACGAUAUCCCGGAUGAGGAGUCGAAAUGGCCGAACCAGCUGAAGUCCCUGUUGACUGACCAGAUCAUCGGAGAUGGAGACACCUCAAAACACCCUUGGGGAAGACCGCCUUAUGCCCUUCAGGCAACGCUAUCCAAGGCCCCUGUAUACACAAGGGAUGCAGCCUUUACUCCUAGGGCAAGUGAGGCCUUGCGGCGUCUCGAAAGUUGGUUUAUCAAACUUACUAAGACGGCGGCGAUCAUUCUUGAUUUGAACACAAUUGAGAACUGGGCAAUACCAGCGAAGGUUCGAGGUCCCCAUAACAAAUACUUCAGACAGACUUUGAGCGCCAACUCUAUGACGCAUCCUGGCUUUUUCAUUUUUCUGCAAAGCGUUUAA